CUCGAUGAAUCCAUUCAUCUGCUGUUAGUUCCGUCACUCAGACAAUUCAUUGGUCCCAUGGAAAAGAACGGACAUGUCUCGCCAUCGUGAUGAAGGGUCACGUGCCACUCCCCGUCCUUUAAGUCGACCCCGGCUCCGCUCUUCUUCACCUAUAUCACCACAUUACUCGCCACUUGCUGCAAAGUUCAACUAUACAGUCGAUUGAUAAUUCACCAUUAUCAAAGGAAUCCCGUUUAUCUUCACAGUCUCGCUGCAGACGCGGAGAUUCAACCUACUUCCGCCGCCGGCGCCAAACCGAAGGUUCUCGAGCUUCUAGUUGCAUUUCCCCCACCUCCGUGGUUGUUCGCCAAAACAUCACGACAACUUCGACUUCAGGAUGUCCUCGCCCGCGAGAAGACGUCUCAUGCGAGACUUCAAGCGCAUCCAAACCGACCCCCCGUCUGGCGUCUCCGCGUCACCCGUGCCCGACAAUGUCAUGACGUGGAAUGCAGUCAUUAUAGGCCCGGCGGACACGCCGUUUGAGGACGGCACGUUCAAGCUCGUCAUGCACUUCGAAGAGGCAUACCCGAACAAGCCGCCCGGCGUCAAGUUUAUCAGCCACAUGUUCCACCCGAACGUCUACGCAAGUGGAGAGCUGUGCCUGGAUAUCCUGCAGAAUCGGUGGAGUCCUACGUACGACGUUGCGGCCAUCUUGACGAGCAUUCAGAGUCUGCUAAACGACCCCAACACUUCGUCGCCGGCGAACGUCGAGGCGAGCAACCUGUACAAGGAGAACAGGAAGGAGUAUAGCAAGCGCGUGAGGGAGACUGUUGAGAAGAGCUGGGAGGACUAGACGCUCCACAGGCGGCGACUGCCGUCCUGCGGAGAGUCGGACAUGGCUCUACAGGUUCAAGCGAUUCAUUGCGAGCGCGAUGGGGAUCGAUUCCGGCUACGGUGUUCAUCUGGGCGUUUGAGUGAAGAGACUGCUUCAUAGGCUGGGCGACGUGCUCUUUUUUAUCGUCCUCUUGCUUCUUACUGCUUUGAUAUUCUUUCUCCCUUUUCUACAUUGCGAGGAGUAUACGGUGCAUGAGCUUUUGGUUGUUUUGUGCAGAAAGUCCAAUAUGUAACCAUUACAUCAGUUUUCUUGUAGACAAUGAAUACCCAAAUCAGGCAUGGGAGUGUACAUCCAACGUAUUCUGCACCAGCUGCUGGCACGCGUGGGUCAUGCUGCAGAGGGCCGCAGGUGUUACCCAGCGUGCUGGACCUCCCGCCUUUGGUCCCCGACGACCUUUUCGCAGGCGGAGCCGGCUUUCAAACGUGCAGUGCGUGGAACGGCGAGAAGAUAG